UUUCUGACUUUUCACUUCAAUAUUAAAAACUGCUUUCUAAAAAGGUUUGUUAGUAUAUAACAAAGGCGAAUACAGAGGGAGUGCAGAAUAUUUGGAUUCAGCAGCUGUAUGUCCAGGCAUGUCCAGGUUCAUGUUUUGUAUGCAUGUUUAAACAAGAACUAAAUAGCAGCGGUGUGUGUGUAUGUGUGUCUGCAAGUGAAAGUAAAAGUUUUAAGACAAGUCAGCUUUUGUUUGAACUGACAUAACUGAACACAACAGGCUGUGUAUUUUAGUUUGUAUUAAAGAAAGAAAAUGGGGAACAUAAAAGCCAAGAUUGACGAAUAUGAAACUCCAUGGAGAAACACCAGUUGGGGGAAGCAAAAGAAGGACUCCUUAAAACAAACCAUAAAAGAGAUCAAACCAUACAAAAAUGAUCUGAAAUACUUAAGGAUCUUAGUUGUAGGCCCAAAUGGUUCAGGGAAAUCAAGUUUCAUAAACUCUAUUAAUAAUGCCUUCAAAGGACGGAUAACCAGCGAUGCACUGAGUAAUACAAUUUCUAGUAAAAGUUUUACAGUUGUGUACAAACAAUAUGAAAUUGAAACAGGAAAUCCCAGUUUGACUGUAGUCAUCAAUGAUGUCAUGGGUCUGGAAGGAGGAUUUAAGCAUGGAUGCCCUCUGGAGGACAUCAUCAAAGCAGUUCAUGGUCAUGUCAAAGAAGGACAUGAGUUUAUACCAGAAAAACCACUGUCUUCAGAUGAUCCAGACUACAUUAAGACACCAGAACCCUCUGAUCAGGCAUUCUGCCUAGUGAAUGUUUUAGCUGCUGACAGAAUCCAGUUCACAGAUGAAAGUGUUCUGGGAAAGCUGAGAGAUCUACGUCAUGAUGUCAAAAGGCUUGGGUUGCCCCAGGUCAUUGUCAUGACAAAUGUGGAUCAAACAUGUCCGGUGGUGAAAGCUAAUUUACAGAAGGUCUACUACAGCAAAAAAAUCAAAGAGAAGAUGCAAUGGUGCAGUAAUGAACUGGGUGUCCCAAUGUGUCAUGUCUUUCCAGUGAAGAACUACCACGAGGAAAUCGAAACCAAUGAUGACAUGGAUGUCCUGAUUUUACAGGCAUUGACUCAGAUUAUACAGCUGGCGAAUGACAAUGCAAAGAUUCGUUUGACUAAGUGAUAAUUCACAGAAGAUUUGUGCCUAAUUUUGAACAGAAUAUUGUUUGGGAUGAUGAUUAUUAAUAUGAACAUGGAGACUAAAUAUUUUGAAAUAGCAAUCAGUUUAAAAUAUCCAAUAACAUUUAGCUUAUAAUCAGUAAAACAUUUAGUAAAAUCAGUAAAACUAAGUUGAUUAAUUUCAUACAGUAGAUGAUUCUAUGUAUAAAUCUAUAUAUAAUUUGAAAUAAUCAUGUAAGGUGUUCCUGGAUGCCUCCCAACAGUACAGUUUGGAAGUCUCCCUUAUUUAACACAUCUAUUUUAGCUCUUUUACUGAUGUUUAAUCAGAUGUAUUUGAUUACAGAGACGUUUGCAACGUGUAUUGAUAAGUGAAUGAAUUUUGUCUAUAAAUCAAUAAUAAAAUGGGGCGGUUCUAGAGUCCGUGGAUAACCGGGGCUUAGGCCAGAGACAUACAUGAGAUACACUUUAAAUUAAAUGUUUAAAAAGUUACAUUGGCAAAGUGGAUUAUUUAAAAAAAAAAAAGAGGUAAAUCUUUCAGUGCUACGCAUCACAAUGUCAUGUUACGUUGAGAUAAACUGAAAAACAUUUGUCUACAAUUAUCCUUAAUACUGAACAGGUUUAAGAUCUACAACAGAGACACCAUGACACCAAGCUUUAAACUCACAUAAUACACACACAAACAUGCAGUUCUCUACUGUAUACACUUAUAUUUUUUAUGCCGCAUGCAUUUACUCUGUAGUUACAAAUUGCAUAAACAACCAUCUUACUUCUUGAAGAAAUGUAUGCCACAGAGAAAAUGCUAAUCAAGCCGUUCAUGUAAUUCUUUUUUUUUCUUUUAGAAUUUUGAAAUUUAUAUUUUAAUUUUCACAUAAAUAGAUCUAGUAAAGUAUCUCAUUUCAUUGACUGGAUCAUAUAGCCCCUUUAACUACUUAUUUAUGGUUGGACAGUUUGCUUGUUGGUCAGAGUGUAGGUGGGCGGUUCUUGUCAGGAGUGAAUGACAGCUUAAGUUUUCCCAGCAAACACGCCCUGUGUGGGCAUUUCCACAAAAAAAGCAAACAAACAAAUAACCCUUGUGGGGUAACCCAGGGCCACAGAAUUUUAACCAGAUUUGCUUUUGGGGAAAAAUAGUAUUUAUAUAAAAUUUUUGCUGCAAUUUUUGCUUGGACAUGUAAAACAUAUCUAAUCAAUUUGGGUAACACAUUUUCAUUUAAUUUUGCAACUUAUAAUGUGUUUCUGUUGUAUGUGACCGGGUUGUAUUUACAAGAAACAUCCUCCACAAUUGAUUUGAUAUAUUUUUGACCUUUUUAUUUUUAAAUAAAAAAAUAAAAUAAAAAUUUUUGUUG